CAAAGAUUGGCAACACAACCUUGGGAGCCCUUUAUUCCUGAAAAAUUAUGUGCAAAAUAGUGUGCUGAGAUUAACCGGUUUCAUCUUUCAGCCACAUAUGUACCUGAUCCAAUCUAGCUACAUCCGCGUGGAGACAAGUGGAACCAAUAUGUGGGAGAUGUUCCUAGGUGGUCUUCCUGAAGAUGUUUAUAUCUUGGCAUCAUGCAAUGGCUUGCUCUGUUUCUAUAGCAUUUCACAAGAACCAGCUUUAUAUGUAUGCAACCCUGCAAACAAACAAUGUCUUAAGUUGCCGCCAUCUAGCGGCGGAUACAUAAGCAUUGGAAUUGCUUUUGACUAUGAAGGAGGAUCCAUUGACAGUGCCACCAACUCUGCCAAGUUCAAGUUAGUUAAAGUUGUUAAUGCUCAACCAAUGAUUUCUACUGACUUGAGAUUUCAAAUUUAUUCAUCAGAAACAAGAUCUUGGAAGAUGUCAAAUGCAACCUGCAAAGGCGGGAUAUUGUUGAAGAAUAAAGGAAUUUACUUAAGAGGUGUCUUAUAUUGGCUUGGCGAAUGCAAAAGAAUACUGGUUUUUGAUGUUCGGACCGAGUUAGCUUUGUGGAUUCUUAGGCCAUGCGCUGCCAAAGAUACUUGUUCGUCGUCAUCAUGCAUCGGAGAGUCUAAUGGCACACUGCAUUAUGUCUCACUGACAAAAACAUUAGGUCUUUGUGUGUGGAGUCUUGAGCAUUAUUUUGGAGAAUGGACUCUUGAGUACAAGAUGUCUUUUGAGGAUUUUAAAGAACAAUGUGAACGUACUUUUUCCAAAUUUUUAGUGGAUAAAUCGGCAGUAACUCCUCUAGCCUUCAAAGACUGGGUGUUGCCGCUGCUAAUUCGUGGUAAAGAUCAAUUUGCUGUUGUUAUUAAUGCUGUGUUAGCUAAUGCAUAUGGACCAUCUUUGUUUGCAACUUUGAAUGAUUUAGAUGUGUGGUAG